UGAAUGUGUUGCAGUCUCUGCGUAGGGGGAUCGCCUGCCCUCCGCAGAACCCCAAUUGCACCCAGAUCCUGGAGACUUUGUCUGCGUGGAACGACUCAGGGAUCAGUGCCUACAGGCUGGUGGAACUGCCCACUAUGUCCACUGUGGCGACAGAGCAUAAGACCACACACCCCUUCCCCACAGUGGAUGUUCCAGACCAUGCCCACUACAUCAUCGGCGCCGUCAUCCUCGCUGUGGGCAUCACGGGCAUGCUAGGAAACUUCCUGGUCAUCUACGCCUUUAGCCGGUGUAAGAGUCUGCGAACCCCAGCGAACAUGUUCAUUAUAAACCUGGCGAUCACAGACUUCCUCAUGUCAGUCACCCAAGCGCCUAUCUUCUUCACGACCAGCCUGCACAAGAGAUGGAUAUUCGGAGAGAAGGGCUGUGAGCUGUAUGCGUUCUGUGGCGCCCUGUUUGGCAUCUGCUCCAUGAUCACGCUGACGGUGAUUGCGAUUGACCGGUACUUUGUGAUCACGCGGCCGCUGGCCUCCAUCGGGGUGAUGUCACGGAAGCGCGCCCUCGUCAUCCUCUUGGGGGCGUGGCUCUACUCCCUAGGCUGGAGCUUGCCACCAUUCUUCGGAUGGAGUGCCUACGUCCCAGAGGGCUUGCUGACCUCAUGCACCUGGGACUACAUGACCUUCACCCCGUCGGUGCGCGCCUACACCAUGCUGCUCUUCAUCUUCGUCUUCUUCAUCCCCCUCCUCAUCGUCAUGUACUGCUACUUCUUCAUCUUCCGGGCCAUCCACUCCACAAACAAGGCGGUGCACAAGAUCAGCGCUGAUGACAAUAAGGAGUCUAUGAAGCAGUACCAGCGCAUGAAGAACGAGUGGAAGAUGGCGAAGAUCGCUCUCAUUGUCAUCCUCCUCUACGUCAUCUCCUGGUCUCCCUACUCUACGGUGGCACUGACUGCUUUCGCUGGAUACUCUGAUAUGCUGACUCCCUAUAUGAACUCUGUGCCUGCAGUGAUCGCCAAAGCGUCUGCCAUCCACAACCCCAUCAUCUACGCCAUCACCCACCCCAAAUACAGGAUUGCAAUUGCUAAGUAUAUCCCGUUUCUGAGGGUGCUGCUCAGGGUGUCUCGCAAGGACAUGCGCUUCUCCAGCAGUUACCCCUCGACCCGCCGCUCCACCGUCACAAGCCAGUCCUCCAAUCUGAGCUCCGUCUACCAUCGUGAGCGCAGGACCCGCCUCUCCUCUGCCUCGGACAGCGAGUCUGGCUGGACGGACACAGAGGCGGACUUGUCCAGUAUGAAGUCAUGGCCGGCCAGUCGCCAGGUAUCCUAUGAGAUCAGCAAGGACACGGCCAUUGUGCUGGUCAACAAGACAAAGCUGAAGAGCCACGACUCUGGAAUCUUUGAGAAGGUAACGGGCCCCGACACCGCUGCACCAGCAUGCUACCGGCAGGAAAAUAACUCUGUUGAGGCCGAUGACGUCUCGAUGGUGGAAGUCAGCCAAUCAGGAUGUAGCUCCCCUCCCACUGCAGGUGAUACCACAGAGGGGGCUGGACUAAGACAUGUUGGAGGGCAGAUCCCAAGCAUUGUCAUCACCUCAGAGCCAAGCCCAAUCCUCAUGGCCAAUGGCCAUGUCUCCCAGGUUGGAACAGCAAAUAGCAGUGUGGGGGUUGCGCCCAUCACUGUGGAAGCACUUGGGGGGCUCCAGCAGGGGGCAGUCUUCCCCUCCCACAGCACCUGAACGUGUCAGUUGAUCACAGAGUAGAGCACAGAGAGGAUUUGAUUUUGAUAUACAAUAGUACUAAAGUUUAUAAUUUAAUGGCAGCAUGCCAUUUUUAUCCAAAUGUCAAAGCUUGUAACGUGUCAGCUUAGCACAAGUUCUAUUUUAUAUGCCAGCAAAAUUGUCCAUGCCGAUAUGGCAAAGUUUUAAAACAGUUAACCACUCCCAUUAUUUACAGUGUGUUAAAGGGUCAAUGGCAUUGCUGUGGAGUGUUGAGAGGUAAUAAUGGAACUCUUGAGUCAAUAUUGCCCAUUAUUGAAUAAUAACAUAAUGGUUGACCUCCAUAGAAAACAAUGGGAUAGCAGUGUCCGGCUGUUGCCCCAGUUGU